AUGAUCUGCAGGACCGAGACGCAUCAGCUGAUGAAGGAAGAGAGCGCGGCGAAGCAGGAGGUGAAGCGCAUCCAGGCCGUGCCCCUCGUCCUCGGCAACUUCGUCGAGGCUGUGGACAGCGUGCGCGGCAUCGUGAGCGGCACGAGCGGCUCACAGUACUUUGUGCGAAUCCUCUCUACCCUCAACAAGGAGCACCUCAAGCCGAACGUCAGCGUCGGCCUGCACAAGAGCAGCAACGCCUGCGUGCAGCUGCUACCGAGUGAAACAGACGCAACAAUCACGCUGCUCAAUUCGAGCGACAGGCCCGACGUCACGUACUCAGACGUGGGUGGCCUGGACAUGCAGAAGCAGGAGAUCCGCGAGGCGGUGGAGCUGCCGCUGACCCACGCGGGCUUGUACGAGCAGAUCGGUAUUGACCCUCCCCGCGGUGUGCUGCUCUAUGGUCCGCCCGGCACCGGCAAGACUAUGCUGGUGAAAGCUGUGGCACGGCACACGAAGGCCUCCUUCAUCCGCGUUGUCGGCAGCGAGUUUGUGCAGAAGUUCCUCGGCGAGGGCCCUCGCAAGGUGCGUGACGUGUUUCGCCUCGCCCGCGAGAACGCGCCAUCGAUCAUCUUCAUUGACGAGGUCGACUCCAUCGCGACCAAGCGCUUUGAUGCCCAGACCGGUGCCGAUCGCGAGGUGCAGCGUGUGCUGGUGGAGCUCCUCACCCAGAUGGAUGGUUUUGACCAGACAACGAACGUGAAGGUCAUCAUGGCCACAAACCGCUGGGAUACGCUGGACCCCGCGUUGCUACGCCCUGGCCGCCUCGAUCGCAAGAUUGAGUUCCCCUACCCCGACCGCCGCCAGAAACGCCUUGUAUUUCAAGUGUGCACAUCGAAGAUGAACCUGUCGCCGGAAGUGGACCUCGAAGACUACGUUACGCGGCCGGAGAAGCUGAGCGGGGCUGAUAUCCAGUCAAUCUGCCAGGAAGCGGGUAUGCUGGCAGUGCGAAAGAAUCGCUACGUCAUUCUGCCGCGAGACAUCGAGAAUGCGUACCGUACGGUGAUCAAGAAGACGGGAGAGGAGACGUACGACUUCUACUCGUGA